AUGGACUUGUCCUGAACACUCACCGCCCAGACUAGGGCUACACCAGCCCACCUCCAACAUGCCCUCCGUUCGCGUUAGGCGGAGCACCUACUUCAAUCUCAAUGACUCUAGUCCUCAACCUGAACCUCGACCUCUCACAACGAUCUUCUCCUCUCAGCCCUCCUCUGCGCCGGGCCGACGUCGUGCACAUACCAUAGAUGGCGCACAGGAUACCUCCCGGAACGCCACUGUAAUCCAGGGUCCGACAGGGGACAGCUCGCAGGAUGAAUUUCGACGCACACUAUUUGAGACGACCAGGAGUAGGGUGCAAUCGCAAUGCGUGAAGCCCCCGCGCCGGCCAAGGCUGUCCUUCCUCGAGGGGUCAGCGUCCACGUCGAGGUCACCCGAGAGGCGGAGGCCGCGAUCUGCAGGGAGCGAGAUGGUCACCGUGGAGGGCGCGAGCGCGGACGUGCGACUCCCCGCGCAGGGCACCGAUCAGAGCCUCAUUGGAAGCGCACUCAGCCUCACGAGCACUCGGCAGUCUGCCGACCCCUUUGGCGAUCAACACCACCAUGACAAUAUUGUCGAACAUCUCGACGUGAUAGACCCCCAAGUCGGCACAGUUGCCAAUCUCACGAACGCCGCGAACGCUAUCAUCGUUCCACCGAUUACCGGCUACCCCAAGUUCCGCAAGCCCAUCGUCACUCUUGACGAUGGACCCAGGGAUCCCGAGACUGCAUCGCACCACGAAGAUGCCCUAGACCGACACGUCGAGGACGUCAUGAGACGCCGAGCCCGCUUCAAGCGCAUCAUGAAGGGCGUCUGGUCCUUCCUGAAGACUCCUAUCGGUGUUCUUACGGCGAUAUACGGCUUUUUGGUUGUGUUCUGGGGCGCCGCUAUCGUCCUGUUCCUCGCCAGGAUCAUCAACCUACACAAUAAUAAUCUCCAGAAUUAUUGGAUCGAACUCUCGUCGCAAGUCACUAACGGCUUGUUCACGGUCACUGGUAUUGGCCUAAUUCCGCAGCGAACCCUCGACACCUAUCGUAUACUAAAGAUAUGGCGCUAUAAGCGAUUGACGAGAAAGCUUCGCAAGAGGGCUGGACUACCGACACUCUUCGACGAAGAUGAUCUACCAGACCCUGAUUACGAUCCAAACUACGUUCAUGUCCUGACGCCGAAACAGCAAGCCGACUUGCAAAGACAACAGCGCAAGUUCGCGCAUUCCCAAACUUGGUAUCGAGCGCACGGAACGGAAACGCAUAGGGCAUUUCCUAUCAACAUGGCCCUCCUCAUCUGUCUCUUCAAUGACGGCAACUCGAUAUUCCAGAUCUUCCUAUGCGGCACUAUGUGGGGGCUCAACCGAUUCGAGCGACCCGCGUGGACGACUGGAUGUCUGAUCCCACUGAGCUUCUUGUGCGGCAUUGCGUCGGCCGUCUUCAUCUGGCGAGGCGGCGAGCGCACGAAGCGAGUGGAGGAGGUCCGUGAACGCCUACGCGCAGCGCUCGGAAAGGACAAUCCUUUCGUACCUUCGGAAAAGGAGCCAUCGGUGGUAGCGCCGAGCUCGCAGUCUGCCAAUGGGGAGGGCGCGACGUCGGAUAUGCCACGAGCGACCAGCCCAGGGGACGCGUCGACGUUGCAUGUCGAUACGCAAAAGGGCGGCACGACAGGGUCGCACGACGGGAAGGCGAGCCCUACGAAUACAGAGGACAACAGUCCUACAGGUACUUGGGGCGCCAGUCCAACGAGUAUUGGGGGCGAUAGUCCCACCUGCACCGAGGGCGACAGUCCGAAGGUUCCUUCGAUAUCUGUCCUAGGCGAGCAGAUCACGGUGUGUCCUGGCGAGAAGGACAUUACGCUUACGCACACGGAGAAGGAGGUUUAAUCUUGUCAAGUUUGUGCUCAUUGUUGUGUGUAUUCAUCUCGCGGACGACAGAUAGUGCUUUAGUGUACGAGUAUCUAAUGCGCAGACUAUCUUUGUGCUCGUUUAAUAGAGCGUCGUCCCAGUGGCUUGACUCGGCAUGGAAAAUUUUACUCCUGUGCUCGAUACGAUGCAGACUGUCGGCUG